AUGAGUCGUCAAAGUUUAUUGCUACUAUUCUUACUCUUUAUAGUUGUAUCAUCUCUACUUUUGUGUAAAUCUGAGAUAACAUGUGAAGAUUAUCCACCAUUUAGUUGUAAUAACAUCGGUAGUUUCAACAGAGAUAGCUUCAACAAAGGUUUCCUCUUUGGUGUUGCUUCUUCUACUUAUCAGGCACUUUUUAUUGAAGGUGCUCAGGGAAGAGGUUUAAAUAUUUGGGAUGGUUUUACUCAUCGGUAUCCAGAAAAAGGAAAAGAUAAAGCAAGUGGAGUUAUCGCUGCUGGCUCUUACUUGCAUUAUAAGGCAGAUUUAGAUGUAAUGAAAGAAAUGGGAGUUGAUUCUUACCGAUUCUCAAUUGCAUGGUCUAGGAUCAUUCCAAGCAUUGCACCUUUCGUCACCAUCUACCAUUGGGAUCUUCCUCAAACUUUGCAAGAUGAAUAUGAAGGCUUUUUGGACCAUCAAAUUAUAGAAGAUUUUCGAAACUACGCAAUUAUUUGUUUUCAAAGAUUUGGCGAUAGAGUCAAGAACUGGAUUACGAUAAAUCAACCUUACACUAUUCCUACGAGAGGCUAUGCAACCGGCACAGAUGCACCUGGAAGAUGCUCCGAUUGGCUUAACAGAAGUUGUUAUGCAGGAGAUUCUACUAUUGAACCCUACAUUGUUGCACAUAAUGUCCUUCUUGCUCAUGCUACUGUCGUAGAUCUCUAUAAACAAAAAUUCCAGCGAAUUCAAGGAGGAGAAAUUGGAAUUACAAUGAUAACUAGAUGGUUUCUUCCAUAUAAUAACUCAGACGAAAAUCUUAAAGCAACCGAGAGAGCCAAAGAGUUUUUCCACGGAUGGUUUAUGGAUCCUCUAACAAAAGGAGACUAUCCAUUGAUCAUGAAACAAAUAUUAAAAGAGCGGCUUCCACAGUUUACUGCAAAAGAAGCAUCACUUGUUAAAGGAUCAUAUGAUUUCAUUGGAAUCAACUAUUACAUGACACAAUUUGCAAGAAGUAUUCCAAAUGUUGAUCCUAAUAGGCUCAAUGUCAUGACAGAUUCACAAACCGAACUUUCUUAUGUUAAUGAAGACGGUCCAAUAAGUCCAUGCCCAUGUGGGGAUGUAUACUAUCGUCCAAGAGGGAUAUUAGAUGUACUAGAGUACUUCAAGAAAAACUACGGUAAUCCCAAAGUUUAUAUAACUGAAAACGGGUUUCGAAGUCUUGAUGGUAAUCGAUUGCCAGAAGAAAUCAAGAAUGAUCACGAUAGAAUUGAAUUUAUAUGCAGCCAUCUUUGUUUUGUUCGAUCAGCCAUUGAGAAAGGUUGUCAAGUGAAAGGAUAUUUUGUUUGGUCUAUGGGAGAUAACUACGAAUUUUGUGAUGGUUAUACAGUUAGAUUUGGAUUGACGUAUAUAGAUUUUACAAACAUAACAGAUGAUAGAGAUCUAAAAUCUUCUGGAAAAUGGUAUCGAGAGUUUUUGAAGGUUACACAAGUGCAGGACCAAGUAAAUGAAUGUGAUGCGUCUAAUAAAAAUCAACUAGAAAAAAUUUGCUCUUCUGAUUCUAAUCAUGAUGCAAGUUGUAUUGCGUAA